CUUCUCAUCGUUCACAACAUCUUAAUGACUGCAGAGAGAUUUGGGCAUUUGUGUGGACAUCAGCAUUCGAAAUAUUUUUCUUUUGCAUGUCAUCAUGCCCUGGUUGCUGGCUGGAUUCUGUGGGCUUGCUUUGAUCUAUAUCUCAGUGCCCCCAAACCACUGCAUGCGGAUCAGCCAGAGUCCCCGGUUCUAUGGUUUGAUGCCCGGCCACACUGUAACCAUUUCCUGUUUUCCCAAGCCACCAGCCCCGAUAGUCAGUGUGGAUUGGUACAAGGCCACUACGUAUGACGCGAUUCCUCAACUGAUACAGGAAAAAGAAAGAUAUGAAAUUACUAAGAUUAAUACGACCAGCAGCUUUCUCCGCAUCUUUAAUGUGAAGACAGAGGACAGCGGAGUGUACUUCUGCAAGAUAAAUGAAGAGUGGGGACCUGGGACAGAACUUCAAGUUGUCAACAUAUUUACAGGACGCUUAAACCGCAAAAAGGCACUGCACAGGACCAAGAUGAAGGACGGUCUCAUCAUCCUCCAGGGCCUGCUGUUGGCUGUUUGUAUUGCUGCUUUACUGCUACGCAAACGAAAACUGUUCGAAAAGAAGGACAGCAUAUAUGAGGAGCCUGAAACUGAUCACAUCUAUGAGGGCUUGGCGAUUGAGACAUGUGGAGGAGGUCUGUAUGAGGAACUGUCUGUUUACGCCCAGGCGGAUGGAGCUGAGGCCCCAUGGGAGUGAGACUGAACGACUUUUCAUCUCAUCACCUCUACAAUCCCACAAUAACUUACUACUAACAGGUUGUUGGUUAUUAAAGUCAAAAUCGUACGUUAGCGAGAGUCCUUAGUGGACCUGCUCAGGUGUGGAGAUUUGUCAUUUUCUUCUGUAUGUUUGUUUGUAAAUGUGCAACAUCAUACUUAUUCUAAAAUGUGUGCUUUAUGUAAAUAUGCGCUGUUGAUUUUAUGCUAUUUAGUAACACUUGAUUGAUUUAAUCAUAUGUGAUUUGAAGUCCACUGAAAUGUAAAGGAACCAUUCUACAAGUGGGACUCCACAGCUGACAUUUUUGGUGCUUCAAGACGCUUUUUAAAGUAAGAAGUGUUGUGUAGGAUUUUUGACUUCUUUAAUUAUUUAAGAACAUGCUUAUCGCAAAUAUUUGUGAGAGAAAAUGUUACAGAAAUCUUGUGUGCAUCAGAUCCUAAGCGAUGCCCCACUUGUUCCUGUUGUGUGAUUAUAUUAAAAAUCUGUGUGCCUUUUGUUCUUGUAAUAGGAAUAAAAACAACAAAAACAUU